AAAUUUUUGCAGGGAAAACAAUGAGCAGAAGACGCCACCAAAUCAUCUGUUCCUCCGACGAAGAAGACGACGGCGACGACGAACCUCAGCAACUCGCCGGCGGCAAUGAAGAAAAUGAAAAUCCUAACAACAUAGAAAUGGAGAUUCUAGAAUCGUCCACUAACUUCGAAUCAGUAACCCUAAAUUCUCCCAUCCAAAACCCUACACCUAAUCAUGAGCCAAACGUCGACGUUUCUGAAGUUAUCCGAGCUGCGGAUUGUGGUAUUGGUCGGGUAUUGGAAGGAUUAGGGCUAAGAUUGCGGAGGGAAUGGUUAGAAUCAUGUGUUAGAGGACUUGAAGGAUCAGUAGUAGGAGGGUUUUCUGGAUUGGAUGAUACGACGAAGGCAAAACUUUGUUUCGAGCAGUUUUUGUACUCGGAUAUGAAUUUUUGUGGUGCAGGAAUGCUUCCAAGGGACGUGCACAAGCUGCAUUUGGUUGAUCUUAAAGGACCCUUUGUUCUUCAGGUAGAUGAAAUUGUGAAUAUCAGUUGUCCUCUUCGAGAUAGGUAUCAGAAAGCAGCUGCUGGAAUAAAGAGGUGUCUGAAAUUGUCCAUGACUGAUGGCAUUCAGCGAGUGUUUGGGAUGGAGUACAGGCCUAUAAAAGAUCUCGAUGUUCUGGCUCCUUCUGGACUGAAGGUUGCUAUCUGUAAUGUUCAUGUUAGGCAUGGAAUUCUGAUGUUGGUCCCUGAAGUUAUUGAAGUUCUGGGUGGGAUGGUGGAAGAGUUAGAAGAAGCAAGGAAGCGGCUAGUUAAUGAAAUAAAUAAGCCACCAAGGGGGAAAAGAACAAGGUCUGGAGUGGUUCCUCCUUUGGCAACUAGAGCUACUGGUGCUNCCAAGAUGACCCCUUUCAGAGCUUUAUAUGGGCGAGAUCCUCCCUCUUUGUUGCGGUUUACUGAUGAAAUUUCUGCUACGUAUCUAUCUUUUAAUCUUUCUCUUUGGGGUGCAGGAACAUCUGGUAUUGCUACUUCUGCAACUGAAGAAAUUCAUCCCAUUACAUCUGGGCUACCAUCUUCUACGACAUUCACCACUCCUGUUUAUAGAAGAGAGGCUCAAUCUAAUUUUCCAUCUACUCCAGCUGUUUCUGUCCCAUUCAAUAGGAAGGUUACUGGGCCUACCUUUUCAUCUGAUGCAGCUAGUCAUGCAGAGGAUAUCCAUAUGGCUGACAUGACCACCGAAGGCAUUGAUGUUCCAAUUAGAAGGGAACAUAAUGACCCUGUCCUUUCAUCUUCUUACUCCAUGGAAGUGGAGGAACUUCUGUCAGAUGUUAGAAGUGACCCUGCCACACCUGCCAGUAGCAGGAGCAGAGGAAGCGUCCGUGUCCAUAAUGAAGAUGUAACACCAGAUACAUUGUCUACUGCAGCAAUUGACAUUGAUAAAAUUGAUUUGGUUGAUGAAUUGGACCAUCCAUAUAUACUUUCUGGAGGGAAGGAAAACCCUUUCACUUACUUAGCUAGUCUGUCAGCUAAGCAGGCUGGUAUGCAUGGCAGUGCUUCCACUGUUACAGGAAAAAUUAAGUGCUUUCUUACUGGUGUGAAGGGCUUUCAGUAUAAACAGAGUAGUAAAUACGAGCUUCGAGUUUAUGUUGAUGAUGGCAGCCUAAUCUCUGAGAUCUUUAUAGAUCAUGCUGUUGUGCAGAAAAAAAUAGGCUUUUCUCCUGCAGAGGUAAAUGCUGCUCUUAGUUCUUCAGAUAGCAAACGAGUCAGUGACACAAAGGAGACACUGAAAUGUUUCCAGAAAUUCUUGAUUAAUUUUGAGGGAACAAUGCUUGUUCAUUUGAAUGAAGAAUCUCCAAUUCCAGUUGCUACUGAAAUGAACCAGGGGUGUUCUGCCUCUGAUGCAUGGUUGCUUCUCAAAAGACUAAAGCCUUCUACUUCUCCGCGACAAUAUCAUCUUCAUCACCCAGAAACCAUCAAUUUAUCCCCUUGAAGUUUCGUUCAUUCUCUGGAGAGAUUCAAAACCACGAGAGCAAGGUGAGUUACACAUGACAUUGCUAUGGCGUAAAUGCAGAAAUAGUUCACCUUUGAUUCAAACAAUGAAAUGACUUCUCAAAUUGCGUAGCCAGGGUGUAUGAGGGGGGUCCAUCCUAACCUUCUUCCUUGGAAAAUUACAAUGUACAUAUAAGGUCAAUUAGCUAGAUUCAUUUUGUUUUCUGUUAUUCGUCUUUUAUCUCUUGAAGAUUUAAGAAUUUGAAUUACUAUAUAUUAACUAGAAAUUCUUUUCGAACAUAGAUUUUGAAGUUUAUUUGAUAUAUUUAGUUCUUUUUUUAACUUCCCUUUUCUUGAUAAUUACUUUCAAUUUGAUCGUGUAGCUAUUCUUUUAUCUUAAACAAUGUAAUUUUGAAAUCCUUAAUUGAAUUAUAAUGUCCAUUGUACAAUACAUUUAUUACUUCUUCCAGUCCAAUUUAAAUAUAUGAUACAUUUUCCA